UUGCACAAGAAUAUUAAUUUGUGAAGAAGUGCACACGCGAAUACUUCAUUUAAGCAACGUUAAUAGUAUUGUUUAAUACAUAUGUGACUUAUUGAUAAUUGAAAAUCGCGACGAUUUUCUUUGUGACACAACUCGCAAUCCUCUUAAAUCAGUUUUAUAACGAAGUAAUUCCAUUAGCAGCACUUCGUUAGUAAUAUGGCUUCGAGGAAAGGGAAGCCCUGGCAAGACUAUAUGAAGAUCCAGAUCAGGUGUUGGAGACGUGUCACUUCUGGGCGGGAAACAAAUUUCUCUGCUAAAUCACUCAUUCGUUUAAAGAUUGAUUUAAAGAAAAAGAAAAAACAACAGAUGUUCCCUCUAUUGUUUUUAGUCUUCGUUGUAGCCGUUAAGGUAUUCAAGAAGACCACUCCUAAUGGCAAAAUCACAGUAUAUCUGGGCAAGAGAGAUUUUAUCGAUCAUCUGAAUCAUAUUGAUCCCAUUGACGGCGUUGUCGUUGUGGAGAAUGAUUACCUUCAGGGUCGCAAGGUCUUUGGUCAGGUAUCAACGACCUACCGAUAUGGCCGCGAAGAGGACGAAGUUAUGGGAGUCAAGUUCAGCAAAGAGCUGAUAUUGUGCCGCGAUCAGAUAAUACCACAAAAGAAGGAGAAACAAGAAACUACAUCAAUUCAGGAUCGCUUACUGAAGCGCCUGGGUUCGAACGCGUAUCCUUUCACAUUUCAUUUCCCGCAGACGGCUCCUUGCUCGGUUACUCUCCAACCCGGUGACGAUGAUCAAGGGAAACCUCUAGGAGUCGAAUACGCCGUGAAGAUAUUUGUUGGAGAAAACGAAGAAGAUAAGGGACACAAAAGAUCUUCUGUAUCGUUAGCUAUCAAGAAAUUGCAGUAUGCUCCGCCGUCGCGAGGUCGCCGACUUCCCAGUUCUUUGGUUUCCAAGGGAUUUACCUUCUCUCAGGGCAAAUUGAAUCUGGAAGUCACAUUAGACAGAGAGAUCUAUUAUCAUGGCGAGAAAAUUGCAGCAAACGUUACAGUUACGAAUAAUUCACGAAAGGCAGUGAAGAACAUCAAGAUAUAUGUGGUUCAACAUUGCGAAGUGACCAUGGUUAACUCUCAAUUUUCGCGACACGUAGCUAGUUUGGAGACUCGCGAAGGUUGCCCGAUCACACCGGGUGCAUCCUUCACGAAACAAUUUUAUCUUGUGCCAUUGGCCAGCAGCAAUAAGGAUCGACGUGGCAUCGCUCUCGACGGGCAUCUUAAAGAUGAUGACGUAAAUUUGGCAUCCUCUACUUUGGUAGCCGAGGGCAAGUGCCCGACUGAAGCUUUAGGUAUCGUGAUCUCUUAUUCGAUCCGAGUCAAGUUGAAUUGCGGUACUCUGGGUGGCGAGCUAAUCACUGAUGUUCCAUUCAAAUUGAUGCAUCCAGCUCCUGGUGUCAUUGAAAGAGAAAAUGCCAUAUUGAAGAAGAGCAAAAGCAUUGAUAGGGCACGGUACGAGAACUCUUGCUACGCCAAUGACGAUGAUGAUAACAUUAUAUUCGAAGAUUUUGCUCGUUUGCGCUUAAACGAACCAGAAUAAAUCACAGAGAAA